UGCAUGAGCUGCCAGCCAGAGCGGUGUCUGGGUUGUCAGCCUGGGACGUGUGUACCUUUUCUCUCUGUGUCCACCACCUACCACCCAACCAGCAGCAUCUUCAGCUCCAUGGGUUCCUGCAGUUUGUACUGUGAAAGUAUCUUCAAUAGCAAUGAGAAGGAGACCCUGCAGUUCCUGAACAACCGCCUGGCUGCCUACCUGGAGAGGGUGAGGCAGCUGGAGCGGGAGAAUGUGGAGCUGGAGAGACGACUCCAAGAGGCCUUUGACUUUCAAGAGCCCACCGUGGGUCCUAACUACCUGUGUUGUUUCAAGAUCAUUGAGGAGCUCCAGCAGAAGAUUCUGUACUCAAAGGCAGAGAAUGCCAGGAUAGUUGUGCAAAUUGACAACACCAAGCUGGCUGCAGAUGACUUUAGGAGCAAGUAUGAGACGGAACUGGGUUUGCGACAGCUGGUGGAGGCUGACACCAAUGGCCUGCGCCGGAUCCUGGAUGAGCUGACCUUGUGCAAGGCCGACCUGGAGAUGCAGGUGGAGUCCCUGAAGGAGGAGCUGAUGUGUCUCAAGAAGAACCAUGAGGAGGAAGUUGGUGCUCUCCGAUGCCAGCUUGGGGACCGCCUUAACAUUGAGGUUGAUACUGUUUCCCCAGUGGACUUGAACACGGUGCUGGAAGAGAUGCGAUGUCGGUAUGAGGCUCUGGUGGAGACCAAUCGCAGGGAUGUGGAGGAAUGGUUCACCAGGCAGAUGGAAGAGCUUAACCAGCAGGUGGUCACGAGCUCUGAGCAGCUUCAGAGCUACCAGUCAGAUAUCAUUGAUCUGAGACGAACGGUCAACACGCUGGAGAUUGAGCUGCAGACCCAGCACAGCCUGAGAGACUCCCUGGAGAACACUCUGGCAGAGACAGAGGCCCGUUACGGCUCCCAGCUGGCCCAGAUGCAGGGCCUGGUCACCAACGUAGAGUCCCAACUGGCGGAGAUCCGCUGUGACCUGGAGCGUCAGAAUCAGGAGUACCGGGUGCUGCUGGACGUGCGGGCCCGGCUGGAGGCGGAGAUCGACACGUACCGGGGACUGCUGGAGAGCGAGGACUGCAAGUUGCCGUGUAACCCGUGCUCCACUCCCUCCCAGCCCCCUUGUGCCCACUCCCCCAGUGUGCCCCGGACCCUCUGUGUGCCCCGCACCGUCUGUGUGCCUUGUGUGCCCUGCCACCCAGGCUGCCACUGA